CGGAUAGUGUAUCGUAUCCGUUCGAUCGCUGACCAACACGCUAUAUAUAUACGCCUUCAUUCCUUCCCUAUUCAAAGUUUUAGAUUCUUUUCCCCAAAAUUUUACUAGCGAGUUUCGCAGCACAAGAAAGCAAAGUUUCGAGAUGGCCCGUACCAAGCAAACUGCUCGUAAGUCAACUGGUGGAAAAGCUCCAAGGAAGCAACUUGCUACCAAGGCUGCACGUAAGUCUGCACCAACUACCGGUGGUGUCAAGAAGCCACAUCGUUAUCGUCCUGGAACCGUUGCUCUUCGUGAGAUUAGGAAAUACCAGAAGAGUACUGAACUUUUGAUCAGGAAGCUUCCUUUCCAGAGGUUGGUUCGUGAAAUUGCUCAGGACUUCAAGACUGACCUACGUUUCCAGAGCCAUGCUGUGCUUGCAUUGCAAGAAGCUGCAGAAGCAUACCUUGUUGGACUCUUUGAGGACACCAACUUGUGUGCUAUUCAUGCCAAGCGUGUUACAAUUAUGCCUAAGGAUAUUCAGUUGGCAAGGAGGAUCCGUGGUGAGCGUGCUUGAAGAUGCUGGGUUUGGUGCUGUUUAGAUAUGUGGCUGCUGAUAGUGUUUUGUCAUUGAAAUGAAUAGCUUUUAGGGGAAUACCGUUUAUUUGUAGCCUGAUUAAUUGUGAUGAUAGGAAUAUACUGCUAUCUUAAUUUUAGGUUUUGGGGUUGUAUUUGCUUUCAAUGAUUUCGGAUCUGUUAAAUGUUUAUCGUUUUUACUGGGUAUGCAGCCACUUUGGGAUUGUAUUGUGGACAACUUUUUGUUGCCAUCUAAUCUAGUAUUUCUAGCUUUUGGGUCCUAUUCA